AUGAAGCUCAUCCCAAUCUUCACUACCUUGGCCUUUGCAGGUGCUACCAGCGCCGCCACAUGCGCCCCAGGGCUGAAUUAUUGUGCCGAUACUCUCACACGACUUGGUAAUAUCCCAUUCCAUAAGCCCUCCCUGGUGGUCAAAAAUACUCAUUCUCGUUACUUUGUAGACCGCAACAACGAUGAUGCUAUGCGCCAGGCCCUCAUAGCGUACUGGAACUCCUGGAGUGCAAACUACUCAUGUACAUGGGACAAUUUUGUCUUUCAUUGCGACAGCGACCAUUCAAUCACAGUUGCUAAACGGUGCGCUUAUUACUAG